AUGCUUUGCCCACAAGGUUUGGCAAUCAAGAAUGGCACAGAAACAUCUACGUUGGUAAUGGUCCGGCCGGCCAAUCCUCAUAGGAGAUGGUCCGGCCUGUGCAUGAUCCCCUUAACUCUGUACCACAUUCAGCUCAUUGUGGGCAAAGAAUAUUGGCUUCAGCAGUUGAAUAACAUGUUUUGCAAAGAAGCCUUAAUUCAACAGCCCGGCCGGUUUUGCCCACCGGCCGGCCAUUUUUUGGCCGAGCACCGGCUGUUUUUGCCGGCCGGUGAAGUAGAAGCUUCGGCCGGUCAAUCCAAAGCUUCGGCCGGUGACGAAAAGCUUCGGCCAAUGAAGUAA